CUUAGAAAACUAGAGCGCGCCGCUUCCCAGUGAAACCAGAAUGGGACUGGAGAAGGAGAGAGCUGAAACCAGUGUGUUUAUGGAUCAAGAUGUCUUCGACCGGUCCAUCGAUCCGAUUCUUAAACAAAAACCUCAUACAGCGGUACCGGACAGAGACCCUAACGACAUCAACGCGCACCUCCAGGUGGACUUUGAUGACGUUAUAGCCGAACCGAGCUCUGCGCACAGUCUGGACUCGGUGUGGAUCGGCAGCCAUGCACUUUUCGAGCUCAUAAAGUACGUCUUCUAUCGGAUCCUGACGACCCUCCUUGCAAUCCCGAUGGCUUUCCUGGCUGGCCUUGUUUUCGCCAUUCUCAGCUGUAUACAUAUAUGGUUGGUGAUGCCGCUGGUGCAGAGCUUCAUGCUGGUGCUCCCAUCUAUUCAGGUGGUCUGGUCCAGCAUGGUAGAUAUGUUUGUGAGUCCGUUCACCCAGAGCUUCAGCAGGUGCCUGUCUUCCAUUAACAUAAAGCGUGUGCAAAACUAAAAUGCUUUGAGGCACUCAGCCCAGCCCAUCCAGCUGCACAGAUGUUCUUCAUGACAUGCUUUUUUUCCUGCUGAGUUGGACUUCAUCCCAGACCCGAUCAAUCGCACCUGACAUUUCUUUGCAGGCUGUAGGAUCAGCUGGCUCAGGUGUGGUUGCUUUGGCCUGAGGUAAAAGAAUAAACGCAAUAAAAAGCCUAACAGUUAUCUAUGCAAUGUAUGGAAGGAUACAAAUAGCAUCCUAUUACUGCAACUAAGAGUGGUGACGACUAGUUAACUGGUUGACUAGUUAAUGUUUUUCUAGUAGAAUGCAUUUAAUAUAAAUACAAGCUUUUGUAUUGUAUGUUGUGUAGUAACUGUAGGGGGUGUAAUGAUGCACUGAUUUAAUAAUAAAUUAAGCAUAUUUUUAUUUUCUGUACAGAAGUGCCAGCAUUAAAUUCAACUGAGCAUGAGUUACAGAAAACUUUUAUCCAUAAUAUAGAGAAAAGCAAUAAUGUUUUCAUUAAAUUUGACCCCCACCUUCCCAUAAAAGUGUUAGUGUUAGGUUUAUGACACCACUGGAAAGUUACAAUGAAGUUUGUGGCAUGUGAUAAUGAAAGAACCUGGUGCUAAUUACUUCUUCAUGAAGCUAGCAAACCAAUGUACUGGUCAUGCCAGGCAGCACGGUGGCUGAGUGGGUAGCACUGUCUCCUCACAGCAAGAAGGUCCUGGGUUCGAUUCCCAGGUCGGGCGGUCCGGGUCCUUUCUGUGUGGAGUUUGCAUGUUCUCCCCGUGUCCGCGUGGGUUUCCUCCGGAUGCUCCGGUUUCCUCCCACAGUCCAAAGACAUGCAAGUGAGGUGAAUUGGAGAUACUAAAUUGUCCAUGAGUGUGUUUGAUGUAACCUUGUGAACUGAUGAAUCUUGUGUAAUGAGUAACUACCGUUCCUGUCAUGAAUGUAACCAAAGUGUAAAACAUGACGUUAAAAUCCAUGACGUUAAAAUAAUAAACAAACAAACAAACAACUGGUCAUGCCUUAACACAUUGAUGCCAGGAAAUGAACACAAACAAAGGCCCAAUGUGCUAUAAGCGUGCACUUCGAUAAUAUAGUCCCGACCGGUAAUAUAUUGGGACAAUGCUUAAAAUACAAAUUAAAGCACAAUUUUGAUCCAUAAAAAACAAAACAUCAUAAAGUCCCAACAUCUCCAAAUUUUUAUUUCUUAAAUUUGCAUCACUGGAAUCAGAGGUAUUCUGUCAAAAAAUGUGUGUAUCAUUACACCUCCUAACUAAAUAACAGUUGGUAUGUUUAUACCAGAGUGUAAUUUAACAUUCAUGCUACUGCAUUAUGUGUUCAUGUUGUACACAUAGAAGAAGCACAAGAAAUUGAGAACUACUUCUUGUUGGAUAAAAGUGCUUUUGUAUUUUCUGCCUAGAUUAAAACUGACACUAUAAUAACACAAGUAUGUAACAUUAUAUUGCUAUUAUAUAUUUAUACUGCUGGAAUGUUUUGGAGAUAAAUUAUGUUGAAGCUUUUUCAUAUGACUUAUAACAUUCCGAAAUCUCUUUUUGCUUGAUUUUAAAGUCUUAAUAUAUUCCUGCAGAUGCACUUGAAAUGCAACAUGCUCUGGAUGCACAGUUUUUUUAAAGCUGCUCUGAAAGAAAGGCAGGCUUGUUUGUGCAAUGGAAUAUGAGCCCUUCAGGUGUUCUUUUUCUCUCCACCCUAUUCAGUGAUGUAAUGUAGCAAAAAUCCAGAGUGCAACAGAGCUUAUUAAAGAAAACCUCUCAGUUCACUGAAUAAAAGAUUGUUUUUGAAGUGACA